AUGGCAGCAGCGGCAGACGCACUUUAUUUCCUGAAAGAAUGCGACUCAGUGACGGGGGAGCUGCAGCGGCUGCUGGGCGCGGGAGGGCUGCGAUCUUUGAACAACUUUUUGUCUUUUUCUCUCGGAAAACAAACAAGAAGUGAAAUAAGUGCCAUUUCCCCUUACAAAGGGCCUUCUCGUGCUGCUGCUGCUGCAGCAGCAGCAGCAGCAGGGCCCCAGGCGUGCCCGGGCUGCGCUGCUUCCAGCAGCAGCAGAAAGGAAGCGCUGGAGGAAGCUGCUGUUGCUUGCUACAAGCUGGAGGGUCUUUGUGUCUACCUGGAAGUGCAUGCAGAAGAAAUUCGAGCUGCUGCAGCGCUGCAUGCAGCAGCAGCAAGAGCCACAACAGCGCCCGCCGCGCGCCCCCGUGUCGCAGCAGCAGCAGCAACAGCAGCAACGGCACCGAGAGCUGCAGCAGCAAUAGGCCCCAAGCUCGGUUCGUACCAAAGAGCAGUCAGCGUGAAGAUUCCCCUAGCAGCUCCACGUGUCGCAGCUCCCAGCAGCAGCAGCAGCAGCAGCAGCACCAAUAGCAGCGGCAGCAGCAGCAGCAGCAGACAGGGCCUGCGAGUAAGGAGAGCAGAAACGGAAGUUGUGAGGGGAGGCCUUUUUAAAGAGCUCUCGCGGGGAGAGCCAGGCAGCAGCAGCACGCGCAAAUCUGCUGCUGCUGCUGAGCAGCAACAGCAGCAGCUGAUGCAGCAGCAGCUGAUGCAGCAGCAGCUGAUGCACCAGCAGCAGCAGCAAGGCUUGUCAGGCGCCCUGCUGCUGCCAGCGCCCUCUCUCCGCCGCGGCGGAGACACAGGGUGA